CCUUAUGGAUUGGAGGAAGAGUCGGAGCAUUAUCAGCACUCAGACUCCGAUCAGCUUUUAAAGCAAGACACAUGUUGUGUCGGCUUUUCCUCCCAUCAUCGCAUCGGCUUAAGCCAGAAGCAGUGUAUCUAGCCCCGGAAGCUCAUUGGCAACGUUGGAAUGUUGGUGGCAGCCGUGGGGCGAUCUCCCCGACACUGUCCACCUCGGGCGGACCAGGCGAUAUCCGAGUAUAUGAACAGGCCUGUAUGAUUCCUUUCAUGCAAUAAACUCCGAUACUCCAACUAUAAAUGGAAACUACGCUCGUAGUAUUGUCGGUAUUGACUCGACCAAUCAGAUCGCGCGACCCAAGAAUGAACGCCACGCGCUAAUUAACAAAUGGUAUCUUUGAGCUUCCAUCUGCUGGAAGAUGAAAGUAGAACAUAGUAGGUGUUAGUAGGUACUCACGCGAGGUUGUCUGUUGAAUUGGUUCUCCACACAACACAAGUCAGUGGUGGGAUAUAGGUCAGACGGCCAGUGUGUUUCUACCUGUCAGUCGGCUGUCGGAAGUAACACGUGUACAAACUUCUCGCUCUUCAGGUGUGUCAUGCGUUUGGAAUAAAAGUGAGCAUCAACUUUAAAGUUUCACACUGUUUCACAAAACCUUCAGAGACAUGUGGGCGUUGGUCGUGUUGUCCCUCGGGGUGACAGUUAUGUGUCUCCCGGGGGUCAGCCCUUAUGGAUCCGUGGAACAGAAGGAUAGUUCCGUAUGUCUAGGAUGCCGUCUAUUUAACAUUUAUGAGAAUGAUAGAAGUCACAACCGAAGAGCGGUCCAGGUAUGUCCGCGGAAAUGUUCUUGUCCACCAAAUCCCCCAGUUUGUAACGAGGGUAUCCGAAUAAUCAUGGACGGAUGUGGCUGUUGCAAAAUGUGCGCGCGCCAGCAUGGUGAUAUGUGUAGCCGGAAGGACGAGUGUGAUGCGGAACAAGGCCUUUACUGUGAUAACAAGGGCACAUGUAGAGCAUUUGUAGCAAAGCCAUGUUUUGUAAAUGGACAGGAAUACAAAGAUGGCGAAAAAUUCAAACCAGAUUGUCGGCGAUUAUGCACGUGCCAAAACGGCAAGUACGGUUGCGUAAACCUCUGUCCCCAGGAGGACUUCCGACCCGGGGUCAAACACUGCCCAAACUCACGUCUGACUGAGGUUAGGGACAUGUGCUGCAUGGAAUGGACGUGUUACCAGGAACAGACGAUUAAGUCACCGCGACAUGCUGCACUGCAGAGCGCAAACCUAGUGCUACCCAACGCCAACCAGCAAUCGGAGUCAAACAUACAAUCCACAACACCAUAUCCAGAAUGCAGAGAUAAAGACAAAAAUUGGAGCCCGUGCUCAGUGACAUGUGGAGUUGGAACAUCUACACGUGCAUGUGGACAAACGGAGCGGCAAACCCGCCUGUGUUAUCUCCGGCCCUGCGGGAUGAACGUCACGACACUGGGAAGGAGUAAAUGCACACCAACGACACGUACAAAACAUAGACGUCAUAUCGAGUACCAGACACAGGGGCAAAACUGCACGAGCAUCAAACCGUUCCGGAUGAAGUUCUGCACCACCUGCAAAGAUAACCGCUGCUGCUAUCCCAGAAGACAACAGACUCGUGACAUAGAGUUCCGGUGUGAUGGCGGGAGACACACAUUUCUAAAGUUUGCUUGGAUCAAAAGAUGCAUGUGCAGCCGGAGGUGUCAAAGAAGAAGGAGGAAUGGAGUUUAAGAAGUAAAGAUGUAUAUUGUGAA